UGUAAAUCAUCUUGUAUACACCCCACAUGGGACUUAUUCAGCCCAAUUACCAUUUAAAGAUCACUGACACACCGCUCACCACAACUUUCGUGACAAUCUCAUAAAUUAAUACUCGGCAUCCUCGAAAUGGUUUCUCCGGCCAUAACCACUACUCUUGCCACCGAAGAAGACGCGCAGACCCUCGCCUCAAUAAUGACAUCUGCAUUCUCGGCCUCGGAUGCAGCCUACCCACUAAUCUGGGCGGGACCAACAGCGCCAGAUGGGAUUCACGACAUAGUUGCGGUGAAAGGCCUCUUCUCUCCAGUGCAGAAGGAAGAUCGCUUGACGUUCAAGGCUGUGGAUGGGGAAAGGGUAGUGGGGUUCGCUACUUGGAACAUGCCGAAAGGGAAUGCAGCUGUGAGGCGUAAGGUGGAGAAGGGAGGACUGCCGAAUAUCCCAGGGGUUAAUGUGUCGCUGUGGAGUGAGAAGGUCGAGGGGCUGAAGGAUGUUGCUGAUCGAGAUGUGGAGCCUGGGAAAGAUAUGUGUUUGUUGCACUUUCAGACUUCCUCUUUAAGAAUUAAUUGAGCCAACGUUCUGCAGCGUUGUCGUUCUUCUUUGUGCAUCCCGACUAUCAGCGCCAGGGAGUGGGGACUUUGCUCUUGCAAUGGGGUUUGAAGAAGGCGGAUGAAUUAAAUGCCAAGAUCUGGUUGACGAGUACCCCACAGGCUGCUACCGCAUAUGAGAAGAAUGGAUGGAAGAUUGUGCAACGGUAUGACAUAGAUUUAGGGCAGCAUGGUGGAUCUGGGAUCUA